AUGAAGAAUGAAACACUUGUGACAAAAUUUAUUCUCUCUAGUCUUUCUUCCAACCCAUACCAUCGGCUGCCUCUCUUCCUCAUCUGCUCUAUAGUCUACCUGGUAACUAUUCUGGAGAAUCUUAUAAUGGUUUUGUUAAUUAGAUUGACUCCAGGCUUGCAGACACCAAUGUAUUUCUUCCUUAUGAAUUUAUCCAUUGUUGACAUCUUGUAUUCAUCAACUAUAGCACCCAACAUCAUUGUCAACAUCUUCUCUGGAAAUAAAGCAAUUUCCAUCACUGGUUGUGCAAUGCAAAUGUUCUUCUUCAUUGACCUUGGGAGCACAGAAGGGAUGAUACUUGCAGUGAUGGCCUAUGAUCGAUAUGUAGCUAUAUGUAAACCGUUGUAUUAUGCGGUCAUUAUGAAUAAAGUGACAUGUAUAAAAUGUAUUUGCUCAGUAUCCAUCGCAGGAUGUAUUAAUUCAUUAAUUCAUACAUGUGCUGCAUUUAGUCUCCCGUUCUGUCAAUCAAAUCAGCUCAACCAUUUCUACUGUGAUAUUAAUCCCAUUUUAAAACUAUCAUGUAAAGAUACAUUUCUUAACCAAGUUUUCUUAUAUGUUUUUGCUGGUUCUAUUGAAGUGGGCUCCUUUUUAUGUAUAAUGAUAUCAUACACCUACAUUAUAUUUGCCAUAUGUAGAAUUAGAUCUUCUAGAGGUAGGAGUAAGUUACUCUCCACUUGUGUCUCUCACUUUACAUGUGUAGCCUUAUUCUACUUCCCAAUUUUCUUCAUGUACUUGCGACCAAAUUCUGCCUAUGCCGUGGAUCAGGACUGGAUGGUGUCAGCGUUCUAUACAGUGAUAAUACCAAUGUUAAAUCCCAUGAUUUAUAGUUUAAGAAAUCAAGAUGUAAAACAAGCUCUGGUAAAAUUUAAUGUCAAUAGGAUUCGCUGUGUACAGAUAUAG